AAGGAAGUAGGCUGCAGCAAGGGAGGAUUGCCCCUGGCACAGGCACCUCAGAGGCAUUCUCGAGUUUAUUGUCUCUGAAUAGAGGAAGUGGACACUCAAAAACGUGAACGGAUUUGCCCAAGGUCACCCAGGAGUCUGCAUUGAGGCCGGGGCUCACUCCGUGUCCCCAGCGAAUGGGUACUGUUCUGGUCAGGGAAGCACAUGCUUGCCAGCCCAGAGGUGUGAGAUCUGUGCAGCCUCUGCGUCCACUCCCCUGUGCGCCCCUCUGCACAGGUGGCGCCCCGUGUGCCCUGUGGGGGCGGCAGCGAGCAGGACCGCAGGGAAGCCCAGGCUGGGGGCUGUGGAGCCCACAGAGGCCGGCUCAGCUACGAGGAAGAGGAUGCUCUACAUGCCCAGGAUCCUGUGGGCACUGAAAUUCGACAUACUCAUGCCCAUUUCCUGUAAUGGACAAACUUGAUGCAAAUGUGAGUUCCAACGAGGGUUUCGGGUCUGUGGAGAAGGUCGUGCUGCUAACAUUCCUCUCAGUAGUUAUCCUGAUGGCCAUCCUGGGUAACCUGCUGGUGAUGGUGGCUGUGUGCAGGGACAGGCAGCUCAGGAAAAUAAAAACCAAUUAUUUCAUUGUGUCUCUUGCCUUUGCUGAUCUGCUGGUUUCGGUGCUGGUGAUGCCCUUUGGUGCCAUUGAGCUGGUUCAAGACGUCUGGAUUUAUGGGGAGAUGUUUUGCCUGGUCAGGACCUCUCUGGAUGUCCUCCUCACUACAGCAUCAAUUUUUCACCUAUGCUGCAUUUCACUGGAUAGGUAUUAUGCCAUCUGCUGCCAACCUUUGGUUUAUAGAAGCAAGAUGACCCCUGUACGCAUCGCAUUAAUGUUGGGAGGCUGCUGGGCCCUUCCCAUGUUUAUAUCUUUUCUCCCCAUAAUGCAAGGCUGGAACAACAUCGGCAUAAUUGAUGUGAUAGAGAAAAGGAAAUUCAACCACAACUCUAACUCUACAUGCUGUGUCUUCAUGGUCAACAAGCCCUACGCCAUCACCUGCUCCGUGGUGGCCUUCUACAUCCCGUUUCUCCUCAUGGUGCUGGCCUAUUACCGUAUCUACAUCACUGCUAAGGAGCAUGCCCAGCAGAUACAGAUGUUACAGCGGGCAGGAGCCACCCCUGAAAGCAGGCCCCAACCAGCCGACCAACACAGCACACAUCGCAUGCGGACAGAGACCAAGGCAGCCAAGACUUUAUGUGUCAUCAUGGGCUGCUUCUGUUUCUGCUGGGCCCCCUUCUUUGUCACCAAUGUCGUGGACCCUUUCAUAGACUACACUGUUCCGGAGCAGGUGUGGACUGCUUUCCUCUGGCUUGGCUAUAUUAAUUCAGGGUUGAACCCUUUUCUCUAUGCCUUCUUGAAUAAGUCUUUUAGACGUGCCUUCCUCAUUAUCCUCUGCUGUGAUGAUGAACGCUACAGAAGACCCUCUAUUCUGGGCCAGACGGUCCCAUGCUCAACCACGACCAUUAAUGGAUCCACACACGUGCUAAGGUAUACAGUUUUGCACAGUGGGCAUCACCAGGAACUGGAGAAAUUGCCCAUACAUAAUGACCCAGAGUCGCUGGAAUCAUGCUUUUGAUUGAAGACAUGGCUUGCCAUUUAGUCAUUCAUUCCCAUUCAUGUCUGCAUGAACAGGAUACCCUGGAAACACUCGACCCUGGUCAUCACCAGUGACACAUGAAGUAUGGGCAUCAGGGCCCAGUGAAGGUACACAGAAGACGGUAUUGAAUGGAACUUCUAUCUAGCACAUCAAGAAUUUCAGAAUUGUGGGGACUUCAGACAUCAUCAGACCCAGCAUCUACCCAGAGCCCAAGUGGUAACUCUCGUUGGAGACUGACACGAAGUCAGUCUCUGCUUGUACCUCUCCAGGAACAGGAGCUCACUACCUCCUAAAGCAGCCCCUUCUGUGGUGAGAAUGCUCCAAUUGUGUGGAAGUUCUGUCACUCACUGGCACACAAAUCUGUUGGGGCAGUGCUGUUGGCCUCCUCUUCCUCUCAGAAAGCCUCAGAUAUUGGAAGAAAAUGACCUGCUACCCAUCCACCCCUCUCCCUCUAUGGAAGACCUCCAGUUUCCUCUUCCCUCUGGCCAUCUUCUGGACAUUCUUUGGUGGGAUCCAGAUGUCCAUCUAGAAGCACUCAAGUACUGACAUAGAAGGCGUCAGGAAUUUUGGCUUACAGCUGCAAACAUUUUUCUUUUCCCUUCCUUCCUUCCUUCCUUCCUUCCUUCCUUCCUUCCUUCCUUCCUUCCUUCCUUCCUUCCUUCCUUCCUGUUUUCUUUCUUGAUCAUAGCAUACUACUUGAGGUAAUAGUUCUCCCUUGAGGAUAGAUUUUUAAAGGCUCUGCUUUGGUUUUGCCUUUGGAUCUAUUACCAAGAGACCUCUAUACAGCUGGUGUGUGUGUGUGUGUGUGUGUGUGUGUGUGUGUGUCCAUGUAUACAAAUACAUGUACAUGUGUAAAGCUGUCAUUUUCCCAUUGGCAUACUAGUGACUGGAUCAUCUGGAAGGAUCUUUGUUUGCUUCUCCUCCAUGACAGUGAACUAGCAUCCUGAUUGCUAUGGAUACUGACAAAGAACAUUCUUACAACUCAAGAAUUAAGGGGCGGGAGUGGGGAGAUAGAGAGACGGCUUGGUGUUUAAGAGCUCUUGUUGCUCUGGCAAAAGACCCAAGUUUGGCUCCCAGCAUCCAUAUGGUGUCUCACAACCAUCUGUUACUCCAUUUCCAGGGGAUUUCACACCUCUUCUGACUGCCACAGUUUCCUAUACAUAGUGCAUACACACACACACACACACACACACAUGCACGCAUGCGCAUGCACGUUCACACACACAUUCUAAAAUCAUUAAUAUUAAAACUAUUCAGGAGGGAAACCGACUUGCUUCCAUGAAGAUUGCCUGUUAAUGAUGAUCAGGACCCUGUGCUGAGCAGCCCAAUGGCCUAGUCUUAGGCCUUUUUCUGUUUUGAGCAAAGAACAAGCCCAUCUUUCUGUAUUGGGAACUGCCAUUGUACCCUGCCUUUGAAGUUACCAUGGCUCCAUUUUACACACAUUGUACAGAAUGCCAUUUGUUCCAAACCCCAGGAAAUGUUUUCUCUCCCAUGCUAAAGCUGUCAUCACCUUCUUUGUCUUGGGUAACUUAGUUCUUCAAGAGAAAGAGGGAGAAGACUUGAGACCCACAAGAGUGUCCUGUCCCCACCCUCCAUGCCACCCCACCCCCAUCCCGACAAAGACCAGUUUGAUUUACUUCUGGUGAACAGAGGGAGCAGGGAAUGUGGACACAGCCUGACAUCGUUAGCCUGCACACUACCAUAUCAGAAUGUGUCCAGCGCUUCAACCAAAUGUUCUCCUUGCCCUGUUUUAACUCCUCAUUCUUUCUCCUUGUCCCUCUCCUACUUUCCCAUCCUUCACCCUUCUUCCUACUCUUAGACUUUUUUGAGACAGAGUUUUUGAUAGCCCAGACUGGCCUCAAACUCACCAUGUAGCUGAGGCAAAGUUUUACUUGCUUGUCCACUUCCUGUAUUGCUCCUUCAUCUGUGAUGACAGGUGACAAUGGCCUCCUUGUCCCUGAUUAAUCUGUGAAGGGAGAACUCACUGGCCAUUCUCCUUUUCCCCAUCUUCAGAUACAUUGAGAAGAUGGUCAUCCCCCACAAAGGAAUGGCAUGACCAACCAUUUACGAUUAACACUGAAAGUCUCAUAUCCCAAAACAUCCCACAGCCCUUGGCAGAUCAAGGAUAGUCGCCAUACCUAUGGUACCCUUCCAUAAUGAAAACCAGUAAACCCCUUAGAUCUGAGUCCCUUUCUGUCUUUUCAUGAAAAACUGAAGAAAGGGACUAGGGACAAGAUGACAUGGUGAGAAACCAAAUGCAAAUUCAUGAGACAAGAUGGGGUUCGUUCUAUCUGGAGAGCAGCUAGUACAGCAUUAGUUCCAUUCAGGAAUCCAGACAAUACAGCUUGAGUGUGGAGGUUUCAGAAGAUGUAUAGUAAUCCAGGCUUCAAGGAGAGGUUCUCUUUCAGGAAGCCUGCUGUGUUAAGAUGUUACUAGGGAAGAGGAGGCUGUGGUCCAGUUACUCUGGCAACCACUUGGAUGUUUAAUGAAGUCUGUCUCCAUGCCAGGGAUAAAGGGAUUCACUGUGCUUUUUCUCCAUUUGACUUUGCAGCCCACAGGAAUGCCCAGUUCUGAAGAUCCCAGCUUGUUUUGCUGGAAGCCAGAAUGAUCCAAGGCUCACAGGUCCUGAUGAAAGAAAAAGAGGAAUGCUAGCUUGCUGUCCUUGUAGGAGCACUGGCAAGGUCCAGUCUGAGACCUGGGCCUCGAAAGAGUUAAGGUUUCAGUUCCUGGGAAGCCAGUAUUCCCCUCUGCAGGGCUGUGGUUAUCAGUCUGAGACAGCCUGUGUUCUCUUGCACACAUUGUCUGAUUUAGCUUCCUACUGACCUUGGCCAUUCUCCCUCUGCAAAUUGAAUAUUUAAGACACUUUACUUCUUAAUAAGCUUGCUCGGCAUAAGCCACAGCUUGUUCAAGGCCUCUCACCCCCAGUUUUCCUACCUUCUCAUCGGUCAUCCCACUUAGAAUGUUGUCACUGAAAAACAGCUUGCUGGUCCAGGUCACCAAUGCUUUCCAUUAGCAACUAGAAAGUAAAAUAAAUAAAACCUAUAAUGUAUCUGUGAGAGUAAACAAACAAAACCAACGCUGAGAUUUUUGCUUCACCUCUAACAUUUCCACUUCCUGCUACCAACUUGCUCUGUCCUGAAAAAAAUUAUUAUCUGGGAAACGGAGUACAGAACGGAUCAGUGAGGGAGGGGACUCAAUGAGAGGCUGGAAAGCAAAGACAACCAAAUUACCAUUAAUAGUUUUCAAGUGAGAGCAAAAUGUCUUCUUGGUGCUGUGCUAUCUAGCUAUUUCUCUUUGGCAAUGUGACUCUCUUAGGUGAGAGAUGGAAAGUGUUUUCCUUUUCCUUUAAUUCUUGGAUUGGCUGUGGUCAAAAUCUGCCCCAAAACACAGGGUCUUGCCCCUUUUGGCCUAAAGUGUACUCUUUCCACAGUUUCUAGAAAACCAAGACUAAGUAUUUGAUUUGGAUGAAAACAAUGCAGGGACAGACUUGAAGAUCUGGGUGCAGGCACGCUGUUGACUCUGGCCCUGAGUAGAACUUACCUUUCUCUAUUCUACAAAAUGCAGAUGGUCUUUGGGCUGGCUGGAUCUGUGUGAAUGUUCCAACAUGGACCACCAAGGGCCACUGUUCCAUGUUUUGCUAAAUACAUGCUUUGCCUGUACUGUUAAUUGCAUAAAAUACCUUCAUUUCACUUACAGAAGAAAGCAUUUUUAUCAGAUCCAAAAUAGGAAAUCAGUUUUAUUUGCUGCAAGCAGAAAGCAGUCAUAGAGAUAAGGUAAUAAAAAUUAAGUCAAACUAUUAAAUUCUAAUCAGAUGUUUCAGAGCGUGUCCCCUGCCUCUGCACAUCCAGGAGGACAAACAUGUGUCAGUAGAGUUUCCCCACCUCCUCUCUUGGAGUUGGAAGUAUUGAAAGAAUUUAGAGAAUGGAUUCCAAACUAUAGGAAUUCAUUGAUUUAAUACAAGUUACAUUCCAUGUUUUUGGAAACAAAGAUAGAAGGGAAACAAACUGUUUAAUAUUUUUAUUAGGAUUAUACUUACUCCAGACUGUGUCUCCUUCUCUGCCAUUCAUUUUAGCUCCUUUCAAACUUAAUGAAUAGUAGUAGCAGAACAACAAGAGAAGCUAAUUAACAAAUUCUUCUCUGCUGGACAUUUGGUUAAGUGCUUUCCAUAGAUUUUUCCCAUAAAAGACUUUACUAUAAGUACCAAAAUUACUACCACUAAAAAUGAGCAAAUCUCAGCAUCAUCCUCUGGUGACUGACCUAUCAAAUAUGGAUGUGGAAUGCAGACCCAGUCCUCCCGAUUCUAAAGUCCACUAUUUUAAACACCCACAAUGGCCUUCAAUGGUAAGAUGUGUUCACUCUACACUGAGGUAGGAGAGAGCAGGGGACAAGCUCUUUGUUCACACGGUCUAUGUACUUUCACUCCCCUGUCACGUUUGGAUCCAGAGCUGUGCCUGUUCUGAGAUCUGCCAUGCACUGCUCUAUUGUUUUCUCCUCUGGGUGUUGUUUCCAUAAUUAAACGAUGGGGUAUUCUGAUCUGUGGAUGAGCAACAAGAAGGCUCUCGAGUACUGGGAACCUGGGAUUACUCAAUAGUUAGCAGCAGACUGAGAGGCAAAUGGAUGAACCCUGAAGAUUGCAAACCAUCAAGGUGCCCCGCAGAAGGCUAUCUGAAUUCUCCAUACUUCUUGGUUGAAUUUAACCUAUUUGGAUGCAAGCCCAAUUUUCCUAUAUCUGUUCGUCACUAUAGGCACUUUAGAGUUUAUCUACCCUUUCACAAGACCUCAGAACUCCACAACAGCUUGUGGUGAGAGAUUACUGGUUCAAUUUUAUAGACAAGACUUUGUCACAGCAAAUGACUUGCCUGAGGACAUGUGGCAGAAGCUGGAUGGAAAACACAUUAGGUCCUCCAAUCCUGGAACAGUGACUUUUUUCUCCUACAUAAAUUAUGGUUUAUAUACAGGAUGCAUUUAUGUUAUUUAUUUCCACUAUAAAAAGUUCCCAUAAACAGAUGAAGUAAAUACUCUUGACCCCAGCUCAGCCCCAGGCCAUUCUCAAGGCAGGUGGGCGUGGGGUCUUAUCACUUGGCAUAUGUAAUUCAGUAAUUUGUGGUUUUGUUUGUUAUUUAUGACUUAAGGUGAUGCUGUAUGUUAUCUGCUACUUGUCUUUCAAUAGUCAACUCCACACAUCAUUUCACAACACGUGUGUUUCACAUGCCGCCAGCCUUGCACAGUAGGUGAUUCAAAGGUUGACUGCACCCACUGUCUUCCUCAAGGUCAGCUGGACUGGUUUCAGGAUGAAGUGGCAGCUCAGACACAGCAGUGGUCCUGUUGGCAGAGCCAGUCGCACAAUGGGUCUCACCUGACUUUCUCCCUCCCUUGAGAGAUAAAACUACUUUCAGUAAUCUCCAAACACCUGUAUUUGAUCAAGUUUUCUAAACAGCUAAUCUGAAUCUGAACAAGUUUAGGAGGCAUGGUAACCAACUCCUCAAAAUGCUAGUGUCAAGUGUGACCUCUCCAAGUCCUGACUAGUUCUCAAAGAUCACUCUUAAGAUACAGUCUAAUGGACAUUGUGGAAAUAUUAAGGAAAAAAAACCCCAUGAAAAUAAAGUGACAAACACACACACACACACACACACACACACACACACACACACACACACGGAACCAGAAAACCAAAUAAACCUAUUCUAACAAACCUGGGAUUAUGCUGGACACUCCCACUGAUUCCUCACACUGCCUCAUGGGUGUAGGUAACUAUUAGCAUUUUACAAAUGAGGAAAGUGAGGCUCCAGCAUGGGCUCUCUGCUACAGACCACUGUCUCCAGGUCAGAACUGUUGUCUGAAGUAGUCAGAAUCUGAACCCAGGACUUCUGAAUCACUUCAAGAAUCAUAGUGUCAGCCAUUGUUUAAAGUAUUAGACCCAUAUACCCGGCAGCAUGAGAUACAUGACUCUGUCUGAUACCAACACUCAGUCAGAGGUCAUUUGUGAACUUUUUAAGGCCUUUUAAAAACAGGCCAAUGUACCACAAUGCUGGUGACAUAACUGAAUGAAUGGAAAAUUCAGUUCUCCAUCAGAUGUUGGCAAAUUGGCCAAGAUGUGGUCUGUAAACCUUCAGAAUGGUUUUUACUUUUUAAUAUGUCUAGGUUGAAAUCUAAGAGUUAAUAUUUUGUGAUGUGAAUAUGUGGAAUUCAAAUUUCUGUCUAUAAAUAAAGUUUUGUCGGAAUAUG